AUGCUGAGUUAUCCGAAGAUCUCCGAAGUCUGGAGAAGCUCGGAAUCUUGGAAGGUAAUCGCCUUCGCCCUCCACGUCCAAUCCGGGAACUUCGCCCAGGCUCUGCGAUCGAUCUCGAAGACACGAUGGACGACCAUCACGGGCGACUCCCUUGUCAUCAACAUGGUGAGUGAGACGCUUCAUGAUUGGACAAUCACAAAUCUGGAGGUCGUGAAUGUGGACAUUGACCCCGUGGCAAGCUUCAUGUACGGAGGACUGCUGGAUGUGGUGACUCUCCUUGUGGAGGUGAACUCCCAGGGCCAGCAGCGGGCCCGGCGCCGGCGCUUUCGGAUCCCUUCGGCUUCAACGGGCUCUCCGGAGAAGCCUUUUCGGAGGCCUUCUUGGAAGCUGAUAUCGGAGGGCGAGGGUUUAUAG